UGAUGCGGUUAUGAGUACGACCGUGCGUGAGCAGUAUUCGCUCCUCCGGCUUUUCAAGGGCCGUUGGGGGCGGUCCGGACACCGCGAGACGUGCGGUGCUUUACCAGCUGCGCAGGCCCUAUCUCCGUGCAAGCCGAUUUCAGGGCCAUCGAGCUGUGAAAAAGAAAAGACAUCUCUUCCCCGGAGCCCCCGCCGACGUAACCGGAUUCGCUCGCGUUGCCGCCAGCUGCCACGUCCCCGGUUCGGGAAUUUUGACCCGAUUCCCUUUCGAUGGGCGGCGCGGGGAGAACCGCGCCGUUCUCAAGGAGUUACCCCAUCUCUUAGGAUCGACUAACCCAUGUGCAACUGCUGUUCACAUGGAACCUUUCUCCACCUCAGUCUUCAAAGUUCUCAUUUGAAUAUUUG